AUUUUGCAGAAGCACAGCACAGCUCUGUCUGCUCAGUCGUGGAGUGCAGGCGAUAGCGGCAUAAUAUUUGACAGUAAACAGGCGGUCUUGUUGUCUCGAUGCGAAUCCUGGGCUUUUGGGGUACAGUGAGUGACUAAAGUUAAUUUCCAGUGAGGCUUGUCUCAUCAAAUAUAUCGGUGACAAACCACUCUCCAACCAUGGGUGGACGGACAGGAACGGCCAUACUGCUAUGUGUGUGGGCCUGUUUGCUGGUGACCAACGUGCUUUGUGGGAAAAGCUCUGGACAGAAUGGCCAGACGGACGAGCAGAAAGACAACACGACAGUGUUCACCCGGAUCCUAGACAGUCUUCUAGAUGGCUACGACAAUCGUCUCAGACCAGGGUUGGGAGAGCGUGUAACUGAAGUCAAGACUGACAUUUUCGUGACGAGUAUUGGGCCCGUCUCGGACCAUGACAUGGAAUACACCAUUGAUGUGUUCUUCCGUCAAAGCUGGAAGGACGAGCGGCUAAAAUUUAAAGGGCCAAUGGCGGUUCUCCGUUUGAACAACCUGAUGGCCAGUAAAAUCUGGACCCCUGACACAUUCUUUCACAAUGGCAAGAAGUCUGUGGCACACAACAUGACUAUGCCCAACAAACUCCUACGAAUCACAGAGGAGGGAACUCUGCUCUAUACUAUGAGGAACAGGCUGCGUCAGCAGUGUCCCUCCAGCCUCUCCUUGGCAUCCAUGAAUACACACCACUGCUCUCUCUUCUUCCUGACAGAUGCUUACACCAGGGCUGAGGUUGUGUACGUGUGGACGAGAGGGGCAGCCCAGUCUGUUGUGGUGGCUGAAGAUGGCUCUCGGCUCAACCAGUAUGAUCUGAUGGGGCAAAGUGUGGACUCUGGGGUUGUCCAGUCCAGCACAGGAGAGUAUGUUGUCAUGACGACACACUUCCACCUGAAGAGGAAGAUCGGUUAUUUUGUCAUCCAGACGUACCUGCCCUGCAUCAUGACGGUGAUCCUGUCCCAGGUGUCCUUCUGGCUCAACAGAGAGUCCGUCCCAGCCAGGACUGUGUUCGGAGUGACGACUGUGCUGACCAUGACCACCCUCAGUAUCAGUGCUAGGAACUCUCUCCCCAAGGUGGCCUAUGCCACAGCCAUGGACUGGUUCAUUGCAGUCUGCUAUGCCUUUGUCUUCUCUGCCCUCAUUGAGUUUGCUACAGUCAACUACUUCACAAAGAGGGGCUACGCCUGGGAUGGAAAAAGUGUGGUGCCAGAGAAGCAAAAGAAGAAGAAGGAGUCCCUMCUGAAGAAGAACAACACCACYGCCUACACCGCCGCCACCGCUACAGCCUUCGCACCAAACAUUGCCAGAGAUCCUGGUUUGGCCACCAUUGCCAAAAGCGCUCCCCCUCCCCCCACUGAGCCCAAAGAAGAGCCAAAGCCCAAGCCACCGGAGGCCAAGAAGACCUUCAACAGCGUCAGCAAGAUCGACAGGAUCGCCAGAAUAGCCUUCCCGUUACUCUUUGGAACCUUUAACCUGGUCUACUGGGCAACUUACUUGAAUAAGAAGCCUAAGUUACAGGGUAUGACCCCGGGGUCCCACUAAUCUCAAUCCCCCUUUCUUUUUUUCCMAAAUGUUUAUUUUCUGAAAACAUGGUUUUCAUGCUGGUUGAAUUCCCAGUCGCCACAUUGCUUUAAUGUCAAAUACCUUCCAAGAUUAAAAAAAAAAAUAGAAAAUAGUAAAGGUCUUAGGAUCUGAGCAAUGUGGUAACUAUUUCAUGGGAAUUGUUUUUGGGGGGGAGGGAUUAUGCUACUAAAGAAAAUAUGCUAUAAAUAAUAUAUGAUAUACACAAGAGAAUGCUAUUCUACAAAUGCACAUAGCCCAACAAUUGUUAACRAUCUAUUAUUCGUUUUUGUUUUCUGAUAUAUGUUCAGUUGUUGUUUUGCUUUACAUUUUUAACACUGUAAAAGAAAGUUGUGUUUUUGCAUGGACUGGGCAUUUUUCUUUUCAAAGAUCAAUCAACAUUUAUUUCACCCAUGGACCAGUUUGUUUGAUAUCAGUGACAAAAUGCUACCUUCAAUCUUCAUCAAAUAUUCCUCUCUUCUCUGUAGUUGAUGUUUUGGGGUUUGUUCAUUUCCUUUUGUUGAAAGAAUCAAGAUAGGGGUUCAGCAAUAGCAAUAAAACAUGUCUCAAUGGAAACAAUGUCGUUCAUUCAUCGAUUUUAGAAGAAGCUAAAUGAUUUUAUUGUUUCUAUGUGCAACAUUAGGAAUAAUAUUAAUUUAGUUGUUUUGUAAAAAUGAUCAAGUGUUAGAGAUGUCAACAUUAUGUUUAAGCUUUUCAAAGAGUAACUAAUGGUAUACAUAUACAACUCCUGGCACAAAAAAAAAGGUUUUCUUUCUUUAACUGUUUAUGAAACAUUGAAAAUAGUUUGUAUGAAGAGAGUAUUUACUGGUUCACUCAAAGUGACUGUUUCUUACCAAGUCAGUGUUCCACUGAUCGCUGGUCAACGUUGCCAGUGGUUAUCAAGUUAUUAAGUACUUAUCAAGUAUAAGUUAAUAUAUAUUCAACUAAUUCCAUAGCUGUGUGUAUGUGCGUACUGACACCAACAAUGUGUCAAGGUCUGGGAUAGUAAUGAGUAAGAAUGUAAAACUGUUGGAAUGCAAUUUAUAUUUAGAAUUAAAAAACACUAUUAUUCUUUACUUUGGUUUCUGGUUUCUGUGGCAGAGAUGAGCCCCUAAAGGGACAUUUGUACAGGGCCCAGAGGACUGUCAGCAAGAUUGUUAAGUUUCUAAGAUGUCUGGUAGCAGUGAGCGUUGCACCGGGCGGGCAGUGGCAAACACAUUGAGAGUGAAGAGCAGUGCCACUAAGGAAAGGCUACUCCCAUGAUUGAUGACACUAAGUUUUCCAUCCUGCUCUAUUCCAUGACCCUGUGAUGGCUCCGUAGUUCCCAUCUUCUGUUGCCGAUGUUUUAGACAACACGUAAAACGUAGCUGCUACGCUGCCUUCAGUCUCACAUGCCGUUAGAGAAAUGCUUCUUUUUGGACUGCAUCUGUUGCUGCUUGAUGUUGAUGAGAGAGAAGGCGGAGGCACUCAACUCUAUUGGCUGGUGCUGUGUUCUGCGCAUAGGAAAUGUCUUGUAGUUCUUUGACACUAUUGAAUAUCUAUAUUUUUGUAGCAUGAUGUCAAUCCCUCCUCAGAGAACCAACAGAUUCUAAACCAAACGUGAAAACAUGUUUGCUUUCUUUUUAUUUUCUCAUUCCAUCAGACAAUGUUUUCCCAGAUAUGGCAAGUUAAAGUUAAUUGUCCUUCUCAAAUUCUGUUAUUGUAGCAAUAUUGAUUAGCAAGGGCUUUUUGAAAAUCUGAAUUUAAAACAUGCAUUGUCCGGGGUGAUAUCCAUGGUAGCUUUAUGGUGACCUCAGUAGUCAUAGUUCCAUGUGUAUUGUUGUUAUCCAAAAUAUCUUUUGAUUAACGAUCACGAGCGAUGGCUUAUAUUUUUUUCUUCUCUGUGGUUUUCAAGCCGUCAGCACCUGACUUGCUUUCAGAAAUCUAUGAUCCAAUUUCAGAGUGAGGGUAUUGCAUAGCAUGGGUUGGGGUGUUUUUACAGUAAAUGGGUUUUAUAGUAAUGGACAUUGUGCAGUGGUGACGACAUCUCUGGACCUUGUAGAAAGACUAGAGUGUAUUGUAUAUCAGUGCACAGGGGUGAAAAGGUCAGUGUUUCCCAGUGGGAGAAGGAGAGAGUCAGUUGCAUUAUGACCAAUAGACAGAAUCCAUUCCUGGAGAUGGAGGGCUUUCAGGAACAGGUUCACUCUGCCGUGCACAGAGUAGUCUGUUUCAAACUGCGUCAGGAACAGGUUCACUCUGCCGUGCACAGAGUAGUCUGUUUCAAACUGCGUCAGGAACACAAGUUCCGUGUGAAAUGUACAAAUAUAAAUACAUAGAUAAUUAAAUUCAAACGUAUUGUAUGGAUGUUUAAUAUCAUGACAAAAACAGUAUAAAUAUAUAUAUAUAAUAUACAUAAUGCAUAUAUGACUAUUUCAUAAAACAUACUAGCUAAGAUAAUGAUAAAUAUUGUUUGUACCAACCUAUUGUUAUGCAUUUUGCACAUUAGAAGUAUACUUUACAUGUAUGUAGUCAGCUUUGUGCUAUGCAAGGACAGCUUUGUACCACGUUAAUUAACUUUUUUCUUUGACUGUUGUGUUUCCAAUUAAAAAGGUAUUGUAAAACGCUUAACUCUUUAAUCWACCAUGCAACCUACUUAGCCGUUUAACCAUUCUUUCCUGCUGGGGAAUCACAAAGUUGAUAGUGAUUGUGAAUUACUCUACCAUUAUUUCUUGAUGUACAUGUCUGAAUCUAAUUAUGGUUGAUGGAAAGAUGAUGGCUUUGAAUGUCGAUUUGAGUUUUUUUGGGGUGGGGGUGUGGUAAUAAAGUUAAUCAAUUGAAAACCUCAAGCUAAAGUAUAUCAAGUUCACAUAAAUAUUUUUAUUUGAGAAUAAAAUUAAUCAGAUGUGAUAAUAUAAUCUGAGACUGAUGAAUUGCAGACUGGAUAAAUAAAUGUUUUUCUUUUACACAUAGCUAGUACUUUAGUUUUAGAGAUAAACGUAUUMGUUUUAGAGAUAACUAAAUCCCUGAAGGGUUCCUCUAUCAUUUAGCAAAUGAAACCUCAGCUACAAUUCAUUUCAUAGUGGAAAGUGGACCCACACCACUUGUUGUUAUUCUGGCAUACUCAUUUAGGAAGGCAUUGUAUUUGCUCCAUAGCACUGGCUGUGGAAUCUGUGGCACAUUUUCAAACAUGAGCUUCCAACCCCUUACCCUUUUACAUUCAUCAGCUGUAACAUGUAAAAGCACCUCAAACCGAUCCCCUAUGUUGAAGACCAAGUGAUCCCCCAUCGAGAAUCCUUCAUCGAUGCUUUUCAMAGUUGGGUCUUUGAUCAAUAUUAGGUGCCUGUGGGAGUUUGUUGUUUUCUUGUGCAUUUAUUUAUCAGGCAUACAAAUGUAAAUAAAUCGGAAAUAAAACCACAUUUUCGAAAGCGCAAAUGUUGCAGAUAUAUAAUGGAUGAGGAUGAAAGGCAUCCACACACACUSAUAUGUAACAUCUGAUAAAUGACACAAGAUGAUGGAGAAGGGGAAGGAUUCUGUUGGAUUGGAUGAAAAGGUGCAUCUUCUGUAAAUGUCUGGUUUUGUCAUAAAAUGACCCUCAGUAGAAUCUGAUUCUCAACAUACGUCUUUAAAUAUACCUGGUCAUGUUGACAUUUUUAUCAAUGUGUAAUAAAUUAUUAAAAUGCCAA